AUGUCGGCCUCCACAGGCAUCCGCGUCGGCUUGAACAAGGGCUUCCUUGUGACAAAGCGGCCCACACCUGAGCGUCCCUCCCGCAGAAAGGGAAAAAGGACAACUCGUGUUCAAGCCAUUCGAGAGAUCGUUCGUCAAGUCGCCGGCUUCGCCCCUUAUGAAAGGAGGAUUCUUGAUCUUAUCAAGGUCGGCACCGCGGCCACAAACAAGAGGGCACUCAAGUUCGCAAAGAAGCGCCUAGGCACUCAUAAGAGGGGCAAGGCGAAGAGAGAGGAGCUCACCCAGGUGGCGGCUGCAAUGAAGAAGAAGACCGCAGCUUAA